GUCUGUGCGCUUUAGGUUUUCCCAAGACUGCGUCUGCGCACUUUAGGCUUUAGGUCUUAGCAUUCUCUGUCCCACUCCACCACCACCACCACGACGUAGAAGCCAGACAAGGAAGUGAAGCACCAGGCCACAACUAAUAUAAUAUUAUCUGUAGAGAGAGAAAGUGAGGAGCAAACGAGUCAACCGAAAUGCAAGACCCGGUCAACGGCCGUCAUCGCCACCACCGCGAUCCCACUAAGCGCCACCGCCCCAAACCGCCGGAGCCGCGGCCCAUCGUCCUCGGCCCCAGACAAGUUCUGUUCCGCCUCCUUUGCCCCGUCAACGCCGUGGGCGGCGUUAUUGGGAAUUCCGGCUCCAUCAUCAAGAACCUAGAGCGCGAUACUGGCGCCAAGAUUCAGGUCGACCCUACCGUCCCGGGUUGCGUCGAGCGAGUCAUCAACAUCGUUGGCGACGCCGCUGUGGAGAGGAAGAUCGUGUUGGCCGGAGACACUGGAUCGGCGGAGGAGUGUGAGGUUUCGCAGGCUCAAGAAGCUCUGUUUAGGGUUUUUGAGAAGGUUUUGGAGGUUGAAGGGAUUAAUAGUGGUGUUAUUCGAUGUAGAUUGCUAUUGGAUAAGGGUCAGGCUGGCGUUGUUAUAGGAAGAGGGGGCAGUGUCGUGGACACGAUUCGGAAGAGUACAGGGUGCAGGAUUCGGGUUUUGCCGGCGGACCAGCUUCCAUCUUGUUCGUCGCCGUCCGACGAGUUGAUUCAGAUAAUGGGCGGUGAUUUGGUGAUUAAACAUGGACUGCUUGCUGUUUCCCACCGGCUUCAACUGCACCCAUCAAUAGAGCGAUCACCUACAGAGAGAGUAUCAGUGGGCACAUCUUCGUAUGUAUCGUUACCCAAUCCCCAUUUGGAGUUGGUUCCCCAAAAUAGUCGUCCAUUACCAAUGCCUUUGCCCAGCAGUUCUGCUGAUUAUUCCACUGGAAAUUCAUUGUCCGCAGAUGUUGACAGAACCCUUAGUCUGGUUGAAGAAACUGUGAAACAUGAAGUUGUGUUUCGAUUACUUUGUUCUACUAGUGUGGUGGGGGGUCUGAUUGGCAAGGGUGGAACCAUAGUCAGGACUUUAGAGAAAGAAACUGGUGCUUCUAUAAAAAUGGCAGUUCCUGUGGCUGGUUGCAAUGAACGUGUUGCCACUGUUUCAGCAAUGGAGAAUCCUGAACCAUUGUACUCCUCUGCCCAAUCUGGUGUUGUUCGUGUUUUUGCUAGAUCUGUAGAGGUUUCUGCUGAACGUGGGCUUAUAGCUGGCUUGAGUAAUAGGGAAGCAGUGACUGCCAGGCUUCUAGUUCCGUCAGACCAAGUUAGUUUCUUGCUUGAUGAAGGAGGUAGAGUUGCUCCAGAUAUAAGUGGUCGUUCUGGUCUUGACAUACAAAUAUUGGAAGGGAACUUGAUUCCAACUUGCGCUGGAGAAAAUGACAAAGUGAUACAGAUUAUUGGUGAGUAUGAAAAUGUAAAGAGUGCUCUCUUUCAAGUUGCUGGUCUACUGAGGAGUAUUCCUUUUUCCAGUAUGGAAUUUAGUGGAGGGGCCAGGAGCCAUUCAUACUCUGCAGGCCCUGAUAUUACUCCCAGUGAAAGAGGGGCUGAGAGUAUCUCCUCUGGAUUGAACCGCUCAUCAAACAUAGCCUUAUGCAAUCCCAAAAUGGCAGAUACGCAGGGAAUGGAUCAUAGUAGACUCAUGCAUACUUUAGAUGGUCCUAUUACCCCAAGACUGCAGUCUUCCCAGAAAAAAAGCUUAAAGAAUGAAGUAGACGUCAGAUGUUAUGGUAAAGGCUUAACAACUUUUGGAAAUGAGUGGCAGCAAGGGAGUGCUGAACAGGUAUUUACAUCUAGUAGAACUGUGGAGGUUGCAUUUCCAGAACAUGCAUUCUGCUCCAUUUUCGGUGAGGAUGGGAGUAAUAUGGCUCGAUUAGAGCAGUGGAAAGGACAUGAAGUGCGAACCAAGAUCUGUGAUAUGAAAACUCGGACAAGAGAACAAGACAGUACAAGAAAUGGCUUAAGCGAUCACUAAACUUGCCUCCUCAUUUCGCAUGGUUUUACUGUUUUGCUUCUAGAUCUGAACAUGUCCAUGAAAUUUGUAAAUUAACUGAGAGAUACAUUAGAGGUGGAUGAUCAGAGGUGUUGUCUAAUCAUCAUGAUGAUACUUAUACUGCUUUUAGUAGAUUCAGCCAUAAUAUAUGAAUUAUACAUAGAAAGAUGAGGAGAUGAAUGAAACUAUUAAAAGCACAUGCAACAGGAAUUAUUCCAAGAGAGAAUAAAAUAGAAAAAAAAUUAUUCAAUGUACAGACACUAACUACUAAGCAAAUUAGGAGAAAGGGAUAAAGGUUUAAACCACCCUUUCUUUAAGUUUAAAAUAUGAGUUCUAAUAGAAUUGACUUGGAAAAGGUCACGAUUCAUGUUCUUGUUGCAUGUGUCCACACUGUAACAAAUUGUUGCUAGAACAGAAUACAACUACUUCUUCCGGGCUUUGAAUGUUUUCAGCAUUUUGAUACUACCAAAAAUCUCUAUUUGCACUUUGCUUAUGAUAUCUUUAAUGGCUGAGAUGAUACAAGAACUGGAACCAUUUUACCAGCGUCCUAAAUUUUUGUGUUAGAAUCUGUUAGCUGCUCUUUGUGCAAAAACAUUUUCUGGAUUUCCCUUCAUACCAUUUCUAUUUUUGGUUGCCAACAGCCCCAUGCUUGAUUGAUUCUUAGCAAAUCCAGUUGGUUUGUGACCUGGACAUGUUUCUAAUGUAUGCUUUCAUAUGCAAGUGGAUGUUAUAAAUAUUAUGAAAAAGUAUCUUCAAAUUUAG